AUGCGUUUAGCGUCAGUGAGUUUGUGGGGACUGAUGGAAUUGUCUUCACGAAGGGCGAUGUUCCUUGUUCCGUGUCGCACAUCUUGUGGCGUUCGAAUUAUGCCCUUGGUGCCUUACCGCAGCGACGAUUCCAUUCAAACUUCAGUUGAAACAGAUUACUUGCUACACGACGAGUUCUGUAGAACAGUGGAAGCACAUUCCUUUGGAGACUACUUUGGAGUGUGGGUGACUACGUUGCAUAUCCAAGGCAAUCUGGGUAUCUGGGUAUAUUGUAUUCAG